AUGCCAAAAAUUGAGUAUAUUGGUCGUCCAUCUUUACACUUCUACGGCAAGCUCCUGUCAGAAAUAGCCAAAAACCUUAAAAACCGCGCCAAGGGUAGAGUAGUAAUAAAGGAAACUGAAACAGCAGAAUUCAAGGAGCCAUGCUAUUACAUUUUAAAAAAUGUUGUUCCACUUAUGUCUGAUAAAUCUGAUGUUAGAUGUAGAGCAUGGGGUAUACGGGUAUUCCGUGGCCGAAAUCUUGGCUAUUGUCUCCUACCAAAUACCCAUGAACCAGAUUGGCGUCUUCUAUCACCUAGUGAAGCUGAACGUCUAACGUCCAUGUCAACAAAAACUGAUUUGGUCGCUCCGGAUGUUCCAGUUAGCUGCGUUGCUCAAGCUCCCCCUUUAUUGACAAUAUUUUUACGAAGAAAAAAUGUACUUCCACCACAAGUAGUGGAAGAAGCUGAAAAAUCUACUCACUCUUUAAAUAUACAACAAUCAAUGAGAGAAGCUAGUGGUUUAUUAUUGUUAACACCUCACCGCUAUGAUCCAACAAGUUUCAAAGUUCCUAUUGAACCGACUUCCGAGGAGAAAUCACGUAUGUAUCCUCCAUAUGAAUGGUCAGCUAAAAAAGGAUUAAUUAUAAAGCCAAAUUUGGAUCGAGAUUCUUAUUUAAUUCGUCGAUCUGAUACACCUGGAUUGUAUUGGCGUGUUCAUCUAGCGAAAUCUUCCAAAACAGAACAAGAUAGUGAAACAGUUUCAUAG